AAAUUUAAUUUCUCACUCACUUUGAUCAAUGUCUCUUCCCAAUCACCAUUAACGUUUUCCUCAGGAUUUUAAUUAAGUGUUUCUCUAAUCAUGAUUUAUCUCAAUUCAUUUGAAAUUUUCAUGUUACUAAUUAACUUUUCUUAUAUUGUUACAAUUAAAUUUGACACUGAUCAUGCAGUUAUAUUCAAACCUCCUAAAGUUAAUCACAAUCACCAAGCCUUUGGAUCAUCUGUUGCUAUAACUAAAUCAAAGGACAGAAUUAGGUUUAUCAUUGGAGCUCCUAAAGGUAGUUCAAAUUUAAUUACAAUUCCUCAAACUGGAUUAGUUUAUUCCUGUGUUGUUAAUGAUAACUGGAAAUCAUCAGAAUGUAACGAAAUUCAAUUAGACUUAAAAAAUAAUAGUAAAUUGGUUAAAAUUAAGACUCCGUUCACUUCUGGGAUGAAUCUUGGAUUAAAUUUAGCCGUUGAUCAAGUUAACAAUUUAAUCACAAUCUGUGGUCACCUUCAUGCUUACAACAAUCAACAACCAACGGGUAUUUGUUUCCUAGUUGAUACAAUUAACGAUAAAUUGGUGAAAAUAUUAUCACCUCGAAGCAGAAAAUCAUUGACUUCAAAUUCAAUUAAAAAAACGUCAUUCAAAUCUUUGCAAUCUCAUGAAAUGUUUGGUUUCUCAUCGACAUUCAAUCACAAUUCUGAUUCAAUUGUAUUCGGAAUUCCUGGUUUUGAUAUUUUCCGUGGAGCAAUAUUAUCACUAACCAACAAUUUAAAUCACCAACAAUCAGCAAACAUAACAGUAAACACAAUUAAAGAAUUGGAUCAAGAUUCUUACCUUGGUUAUUCAUUAGCAACUGGAAUCUUUUUCAAAUCGAGAGUUGAGUUAAUUGUUGUUGGUGCUCCAAGAGGAAAACAAUUAAAAGGCCAAGUUAUCAUCAUGUCACCAAAUUCAGAUGAUUAUUAUGGUGAAAUUAUUCAAGAUCUAGAUGGUCAUCAACUUGGUGAAUAUUUUGGUUACUCAAUCCAAUCAAUUGAUUUGAAUGCUGAUGGUUAUGAUGAUUUACUAAUUGGUGCACCUUUUUAUAUGCCUAAAAAUAACCCAAGGGGCGAUUGUGGUCAAGUCUAUGUUUAUUUCAGUGAUGGUCAACAAUUAAAUGAGUCGCCAAUCACCAUUGAUGGAGAUUCACUUUUCGGAUCUCGAUUUGGCUCAUCAUUAGCAACAAUUGGUGAUUUUGAUUCUGAUGGUUUUAAUGAUUUUGCUGUUGGAGCUCCACAGGAAAAUGAAGGAUCAGGUUCCGUUUAUAUUUAUUCUGGUUCCACAAUUAAAUCAAGUAGAAAAUAUUUCCAGAAAAUCGAUUCCUCUAAAUCAUUUGGAUUGUCCAGUUUUGGGUCCAGUAUUUACUCAACAAUUGACGUGGACAACGAUAAUUGCCCUGACCUUUUAAUUGGCUGCUCCAUGUCCGAUGCUGCCGUUUUAUUAAGAUGCCAAAGUUAAAUUAGACUAUCACAAUUAACUGAUCAACUUUAUUGUAAAUAAUUGUAUUUAAUUGCUUUUAAUUUUCAAUUCUUCUUCGUCUUCUUAAUCAUCCAAUUAUAGCCAUUAAUAAAAUUUAUUUAAUCCGUUUUGUCUUAAUAGACAAACAAAGUUAA